AUGCGAGCCAGAUUAAGCAAUGCAGUGUUGCACAUACUGUACUCUAUCACCCCGCAAGAGCAAGUAGAAAAUAUCAACAUAUGGAGAUACACACAGCCAAAUGAGUUUCUUACAUGGGACCCAUAUGAUGAUAGCGUAAACUCAUUCAAGAUACAGAUGAAAGAAGAGAGCAACCCUCCAUACACCUUCCAGAUGCGGUACUUUGCAGAGCCCCAGGAGAACCCGAUUAAAGACCAUCUUCCAGUCAAUAUAUGGACAAGCGGAAGACAGUCCCUUGGUCUGUGCAACCAGACCAUCCAGCCUAUUUCAUAUAAUGAUGCAGCGCAGUGCACCUCCCAGUGGGUUUUUGCUGCUAGAGAAAGUGGCGGGUUUUACAUCAAGCCGUACCACAAUGAGAAUUUGUGCAUAAACAAUUUCCAUGAGAAUCGCGUCCGAAUUGAGAAGUGUCAGCCAGACAUUCCAUCAAUGGCAUUUUUAUACGGCACGCGCCCUAUGCGCACGCGCUUUCUUCUUCUAAGCAGACUUCUGGGUAUGGGCAUUGAAAAAGGCCAACUUUUGAAAAAUGAUAUAAGCAAUAUCAUAUCAACAGGAAGGUAUAUGUAUGAACCUGCACUGAUCAAUGAUGAACUUCUUGAUGAAGGCACUCUUGCUGCAAGCCUGCCCUAUCAAGCUAGGUACAGCAGCAAUGUCUUGCUUUCUGCUUAUAGUAGGAGAGAAAGCAAUCCAUAUGCACACCCCAUAAGCGCAGAUCCAGGAACUCUUCCAUCUGCAUAUGUUCCGCGUAUAAAGCGAAACCAUAGGAGACGCAUAUCUCGCAGUGGUUCGGGUCAAAGAAAAAAGGCGCCUAUACGCCGGUAUGAAACAGAGCGAAAAAGGCGGCCUAAAACUGACCCUUUUUUUGCGCAUAGCACAGAAGGCUUAAACACGCGUGCGUUAGAUCGUAUGAGUAGAAUUCUCAGUAUGAAAAGCCCAUACAAGGCAAUAAGAAACGCACUUGAUGAGCUUACUCCGCUCAAGACUGUAGAUAGAUUUGAAGGCAUGCCUGCAAGCAUCCCCAAACCACAAGAAGCUGUGCUAGAGUGCAAUAAAAUAGAGCUAGAGCCAGACUAUAUGAUGGAUGACAUGGAAUAG